AUGGCCCACCACCAUGGAGGAGAUAUGGGAAUUGGUAGCCGCAAUGACAACAUCCAGAAGGUCAUUUUGACUCCGCAUCCACUCUUUAUGCUAUUUCCCCUACAAUAUCUAGCUGGUGGUCUGCCCAUGAUCUCAGCCAGCAUUGCACAUACAAAGACUGCAGCAAGCUGUCGUAUUGGUCGGCGACUCUGUGAGGCGCCAAAGCAGGGGAUUUACGAGACACCUGUGCAAGCGUGCACUGCCCGAACCAAGCAAGUUACAAGAGCAGCCCAGUAUAAGGAACGGAGAUACGACGUUGCUUUUGCUCCGUCUAAUGUUGACAAUCUGGCUUCAAACUCCACCACCCUGCCGGGCAUCGGUUACCAUAUUGCCCACUACCUCAACUCCCCGGACCUGAUGUUCUUGCAAGAAAUUCAAGACAACAGCGGCCCCAUGGACGACGGCGUCGUCGCCGCGAAUGUCACGCUAGAGAUGCUCGUGGCGGCGAUCAAAGACGUUGGCGGAGUGUCCUAUAAUUACCUCGACAUUGACCCUAUCAAUGACCAAGACGGUGGUCAACCUGGCGGCAACAUCCGUGUCGCCUACCUCUACAAUCCAGCUGUCCUAAACCUCAAGAAUCCCAACCCAGGCUCCUCCCUUCACGCCAAUGAAGUGCUCCCAGGCCCUUCAUUGAAGUACAACCCAGGCCGCAUCGAUCCCACGAAUCCAGCGUGGCAGGACAGCCGCAAACCACUCGCCGCACAGUGGGAAACAGUCCGAGAUAAAUCUACCCUGUUCACUGUGGUCGUGCACUUCACAUCCAAAGGCGGCAGCUCCUCAAUUGAAGGUGACCCGCGCCCACCCGUUAACCUUGGCGUAGACCAGCGCACAGCCCAAGCAAAUGUGACUGGGACCUUCGUCGCUCAGAUCUUGGCUCAAGAUCCCCAGGCCGCCGUCAUCGUCGCAGGAGACUUCAACGAAGACACAUUCGUCGAGCCUCUGGAGAUGUUCACCGCGGUCUCUGGGCUCGUGGAUUUGGACGACGCUGCGGGUAUUGCGCCUACCGAGCGGUACACAUAUGUUUUUGACAUGAGCUGCGAGGAACUGGACCACAUAUUCGUGAGCCCCAAGAUUGCGGGCACCCCUGGGGGAAGGCCAGAUCUCAAGCAUAUGCAUGUGAACACGUGGGUGACAUAUGCAGAUCAGAGGUCGGAUCAUGAUCCAAGUGUGGCGAGCUUGAAUAUUUGCUAG